AUGGAUAAUUCUGAAACUUACAAUGUGUAUGAUAAUUCACAAUCGUCAACAUAUGAAUCGAAUGGAAUGCCUUUUUCUAUUGCUUAUGAAGAUGGAUCAUACGCUGAGGGUAUAUUUGACAAUGAUACCGUAACACUCGCUGGCAUCUCCGUUAAAAGUCAAGAAUUUGCAGAAGCGCUAAACGUGUCAGGCACGUUGGAUAUAGAUGGGAUCUUAGGUUUAUCCUAUCAGUACCAGACGGUUGGUGAUGAAGUACCGUUGUUCUUUAAUAUGUGGGCACAGGGUUUAAUAUCGUCACCCAUUUUCUCAUUUUAUCUUAAUCCACUUGAAUUAGAAUCAACAGCAGGUGGCGAGUUAAUUUUAGGAGGUAUAGAUACAACAAAAUUUCAAGGUUCGUUAACUUAUGUACCGGUUAGUAUACAAGGUGAAUGGGAUUUUGUCCUUACAAGCGUUGUCGUAAAUAAUCAGGCAGUUUCUACCAACUCCAUUGCCAUUGCUGACACAGGCACCAGUCUUAUCGUCGGACCCUAUUUAGAUGUACAAGCAUUGAAUAAAGAAAUUGGCGCAGUAGAUGUCGGAUAUGAAUAUUAUAUUGUCGAUUGUCACAAUCGAUCGUUAUCAUCAUUUCCUAUUGUUACAUUUACAAUAGGUGAUAAAACAUUUGAUUUGAGUGCACUUCAAUACAUACUAUUUUUUCAAUACGUCAAUUAUCCUACUGUCUGUGUAUCAGCAUUCCAGGCAUCAGACAGUUAUAUAUGGAUACUAGGUGAUAUAUUCCUUACGAGAUUUUAUUCAGUAUUUGAUAUACAAAAUAAUCAAUUGGGUUUUGCUAAAUCCAUUUCAUAUAAUGAAUUCAAUCCUGUUGAUCCAGAUCUAUUUCCAGGCUCAACAUCAACAUUAAUAUUAACAUCAACAUCAACAAAGAAAGCAGUUACGAAUGCAGCUAAUAGUUGGACAUUUGGAUCGAAAAUAUUCUCUUAUCAGUUGUACAUUGUACUGCUACUCUAUUUUUCUAAUAUGCGUAACGUGAAGACUAAAGAACAUUCAGGAUCGUUUCUCUCUCUCUCUUAUUGA